AUGGAGCUCGUGUGGGUCGUCAUGGUGACGCUGGGUCUUCAGCAGGUGCCAUUUGCCUCGGCUCAGGCUUGCCCCUCCCCCCGUGACCUGCUGACCUCCGUGCGUCAGGUGGAGAAGAUGCUGGCAGCCCACGAGGUCUCCUUCCAACAGCACCUGCGCUCGCUGCGCAAGAAGAUGAGCGCUCUGCACAACAGCACGCUGGCCGCCAUGAAGGCCGCCAACGCCUCCUGCCCCAAACCGGAACCGCCCGCCCACGGCCGCCGUCUAGGCCGCGUCUUCGCCGCGGGACACGAGGUCCACUUCCUGUGCAAGCCGGGCUACGAGCUGAUUGGUCCGCAGACACAAGUCUGUCUGGAGUCGCUGAGGUGGAGCGGCCAGGCGCCAACGUGCCGCCACCAGGAAGACGGAGGGUCUAACGGCACCAGAAGCUCCUCCCCCUCCCCUUCUACUGAUGCCACGCCCUCCUCGCCGCCGCCGUCCUCCAUGAUGUCCGCCUCCUCGCCGUCUUCCUCCCCCGCGCCCUCCUCGGUGCAACCCUCCAACUGCACCCGCCUCCAGGGCGCCACGCGCUGCACGUGUGACGUGGGCUUCACCAUCUCCGGCCGCGACAACAACCUCUGCACAGACAUCGACGAGUGCCGCCUGUUCUCCCUGGGCCAGCAGGGACGCCUCUGCGUGCACGAGUGCGCCAACACGCCCGGCAGCUUCCGCUGCAUCUGUCCCGCCGGCUACAGGCUCGCCGCCGACGGGCGCGGCUGCACAGACUUGGACGAGUGCGACGACGGGGAGCACGACUGCGGCGGCGAGGAGCUCUGCGUCAACACGCACGGAGGUUUCCGCUGCAUGACCGUGGCGUGUCCCCGCGGCAACAACGCCACCUACAUCAAGACAUCGCCAACGCGCUGCGAGAGGAACCCCUGCAUGCUGGGCGACAAGGCGUGCGCCAAGGCGCCCAACUCCGUCUCCUUCCACUUCCUGUCCGUGGUGUCCAACAUGUCGGCGCCCCGCGUGCUCUUCCGUGUGUCGGCGGCCCGGGCGCUGGGCGACACGCUGCGCUUCGGGCUGGCGGGCGGCCGGGGGCGAGGCCACUUCAGCGUGCAGCGCUCGGGCCGCCAGACGGGCACGCUCCUCCUGGUGGCGCCCGUGCUGGGCCCCGCCACGCUGGAGGCCGAGGUGGAGAUGAGCGAGCUGGAGCGCCACACCCUGCUGGGGCGAUACCUCACCAAGGUCACGCUCUUUGUGUCGCCUUACAACUUUUAAAAGGACCGCCUUUAGCAUUUUUCAAUAAUUUUUUAUUAUUAUUACCCUAUUUUUCCCGGUACAUAAGCCACACCCACUACAUUUUACAAACAGUAAAUAUGUUUCCAUAUAUUAGCUGCACCUUGUGUAAUGAGACACGCUU